CCUCACCCUCAGCCCCACGUGCUCUACCCGGCCACCUUCGCUUUCACUUUCGGUCCCGGGCGGCCAGACUGGCGGCUGUGAUGAAGGUAAUCUGAGCAAGAAGAUAGUGUCUCUGCUCCUCAAAUAGCCACUUGCAAGCAUGCCCUCUCUUCUUCCCCUAGUAUUGACACUUUUAUCUGUGUCAUUUCCUUCUUGGUGUCAGAACAGCGAUACAGCAUCUCCCAAAGCUAGUAAUGGAGACCCAUUCCCUUGGAAUAAUAUGCGACUUCCUGAGUAUAUGACCCCAAUUCAUUAUGAUCUCAUGAUCCAUGCAAACCUCAGCACUCUGACUUUCUGGGGAAAAACAGAAGUAGAAAUCACAGCUAGCCAGCCCACCAGCACCAUUAUUAUGCAUAGUCACCAGCUGCAAAUAUCGAAGGCCACCCUCAGAAGAGGAGCUGGAGAGAUGCUGUCUGAAGAACCACUGAAGGUCCUGGAAUAUCCUGCUCAUGAGCAAGUUGCACUGCUGGCUGCCCAGCCGCUUCUUGCUGGGUCCCUGUACACAGUUAUCAUCGACUAUGCUGCCAACCUGUCUGAGAGUUUCCAUGGAUUCUAUAAGAGCACCUACAGGACACAGGAAGGGGAAAUGAGAAUACUUGCAGCAACACAGUUUGAACCCACAGCUGCUAGAAUGGCUUUUCCCUGCUUUGAUGAACCUGCCCUCAAGGCAAGUUUUUCCAUCAAGAUAAAGAGGGAUCCAAGGCACCUGGCCAUCUCCAACAUGCCCCUGGUGAAAUCUGUGAAUGUUGCUGAAGGACUCAUAGAAGACCAUUUUGACAUCACUGUGAAAAUGAGUACCUACCUAGUGGCCUUCAUCAUUUCUGAUUUUAAGUCUGUGAGCAAGAUGACUAAGAGUGGAGUCAAGGUUUCUGUGUAUGCUGUGCCAGACAAGAUAAAUCAAGCCGAUUAUGCUCUGGAUGCUGCAGUGACUCUUCUAGAGUUUUAUGAGGAUUAUUUCAACAUUCCAUAUCCUUUACCCAAGCAAGAUCUUGCUGCAAUCCCAGACUUUCAGUCUGGUGCUAUGGAAAACUGGGGACUGACCACAUACAGAGAAUCCGCUCUGUUAUACGAUAAAGAAAAGUCUUCUGCAUCUAGUAAGCUUGGCAUCACAAUGACUGUGUCCCAUGAACUGGCUCACCAGUGGUUCGGGAACCUGGUCACCAUGGAAUGGUGGAAUGACCUUUGGCUCAAUGAAGGAUUUGCCAAAUUUAUGGAGUUUGUGUCUGUCACUGUGACCCAUCCUGAACUAAAAGUUGAAGACUAUUUCUUUGGCAAGUGUUUUAAUGCAAUGGAAGUUGAUGCAUUAAACUCCUCUCACCCUGUAUCCACACCUGUGGAGAAUCCUGCGCAGAUUCGGGAGAUGUUUGAUGAUGUUUCUUAUGAAAAGGGAGCUUGUAUUCUGAAUAUGCUAAGAGAUUAUCUGAGUGCAGAUACAUUCAAAAGAGGAAUUGUACAGUAUCUCCAAAAGUAUAGUUAUAAAAACACAAAAAACGAGGACCUGUGGAAUAGCAUGAUGCAUAUUUGCCCCACAGAUGGCACACAAACAAUGGAUGGCUUCUGCUCUAGAAGCCAACACUCAUCAUCAGCCUCACACUGGCGUCAGGAGGUUGUAGAUGUAAAGACCAUGAUGAACACAUGGACACUGCAGAAGGGCUUUCCUCUGAUAACCAUCACUGUGAGAGGGCGGAAUGUGCACAUGAAGCAAGAACACUACAUGAAGGGUUCAGAACGCUUCCCAGAGACUGGGUAUUUGUGGCAUGUUCCACUGACAUUCAUUACCAGCAAAUCAGACUCAGUCCAGAGAUUUUUGCUGAAGACAAAGACAGAUGUGCUCAUCCUCCCAGAAGCAGUGCAGUGGAUCAAAUUUAACGUGGGAAUGAAUGGCUAUUACAUUGUGCAUUACGAGGAUGAUGGAUGGGCUUCUCUGAGUGGCCUUUUAAAAGAAGCACACACAGCAAUCAGCAGUAAUGAUCGGGCAAGUCUCAUCAACAAUGCAUUUCAGCUGGUCAGCAUUGAAAAGUUAUCAAUAGAAAAAGCCCUGGAUUUAACCCUGUACUUGAAAAAUGAAACUGAAAUUAUGCCCAUAUUCCAAGCUUUGAAUGAACUCAUACCUAUGUAUAAGUUAAUGGAGAAAAGGGAUAUGAUUGAGGUGGAAACUCAAUUUAAGGACUUCCUCCUCAAGUUGCUGAAGGUCCUUAUUGAUAAGCAGACUUGGACAGAUGAAGGCUCUGUCUCAGAGAGGAUGCUCAGGAGCCAGCUCCUCCUCCUCGCGUGUGUGCGCAGUUAUCAGCCCUGCGUGCAGAGGGCAGAGCGCUAUUUCAGAGAGUGGAAGUCAUCUAAUGGAAACAUGAGCAUCCCUAUUGAUGUGACCUUGGCUGUGUUUGCUGUCGGGGCCCAAAACACAGAAGGCUGGGAUUUUCUUUAUAGUAAAUAUCAGUCUUCUUUGUCUAGUACUGAGAAAAGCCAAAUUGAAUUUUCCCUCUGUACAAGCAAAGAUCCAGAAAAACUUCAGUGGCUUCUAGACCAAAGUUUUAAGGGAGAGAUAAUAAAAACUCAGGAAUUUCCACAUAUUCUCAUACUCAUUGGCAGAAACCCAGUGGGUUAUCCAUUGGCCUGGAAGUUUCUGAGGGAAAAUUGGAAUAAGCUUGUACAGAAAUUUGAACUUGGCUCAUCGUCCAUAGCUCACAUGGUAAUGGGAACAACAGACCAGUUUUCCACCAGAGCACGUCUUGAAGAGGUAAAAGGAUUCUUCAGUUCCUUGAAAGAAAAUGGCUCUCAGCUCCGUUGUGUUCAACAAACCAUUGAGACCAUUGAAGAAAACAUACGAUGGAUGGAUAAGAAUUUUGAUAAACUAAGACUGUGGCUGCAAAAAGAAAAGCCAGAGUUGCUGUGACAAUAUGUUUCUUGCCAAGUUCCAGAAUUUAUGAUGAGCAAAGUUUUGUUCAAUUUGAGUAUUUUUAAACUAAAGAGAGUUGUUUUGGCUACUACUGAAGAUAUUUUCUUAUUUCAUUUCACUUGAUUAUGUCUGAGAAAAGCUUCAAUGACUGUGAUUGACAGGUUUAAACCCAAGUGCCCAGCUCCUUGCCACAGAAAAACCCUGGGGGCUUCUUCUCAGUUUAUACUUCAUGCUUCUGUGUCGGUCAUUCAUCAGUAUUUUUGUAAGACUGAACAGUGAGGCAUAACUGUGCAGUGAAUGCUUGGAUCAUUAGCCAUGCUGGGAAGUGGCUGUGCAGCAGUCCUCCUGUUGAUCUCUCUGGCUCUACAGUCCUGCAGUCUCUCUUCCUGGGUUCACUUAUGGGUGCUGCCUUGCAGGAUCCAGUUAGUCAGACACUUUUGCCCUCUGGAUUUUGUUGAUAGUGUUUGGUAGUUGUGAUCCAUGAGGGAGUGCAUAGAGGUGUUUAUUUUCUUGUACUUGCCUCUGGAUGACUUUCAACCUCUUACUCAUAAGAGGUGGCCUUUUUUUCCCCCUGCACUCUGAUAACUGCUUCCUUUUCAUCCAUUGGGGCACGGGGCAACAGUGGAAAUCUGCUGAUACCAGUCAUGGUAGUACUUGUCAUUUUCACUGAACCUACGUGCACAUUUGUUUUUAAAAAUAUUGUAUAUCUAUAACCCUCAUUGGAUAAGUCAAAUAUGAGAGCCACUUACUUUCUUUGGAAGGUUAUUUUUAAAAAUGCGGAGUGCAUUCAGAUCUGUAUCAGAAAUAUCUCAUUUUAAGAUAUACUUGUGAGUCACUGAUCCCUUAAGUAGGGAGUAGGGCUGUAAAUUCCUAAAUAACUCAUAUUAGCACUUACUGCAAAUAAAUCAUUGAGGACUCACUAACAAAGGACAAUAUUAGUAAUAUGUUUAUAUUAGUAUAAGGAGAGAAUUCUUUAAGUCUUAAUAAAUUUUUUUUCGAUGUAUGGCAUAAGUGAUAGGAAAAAUAUCAACAUAUGGUGCUGUAAUAUACUAUGAAAUAAAGCGAUUUUAGGGGUCAAGGGUUCAAUUGUCAUAUUUUCACUGGCCUAACAAAACACUUGAGAUUAAAUGAAGAUUUUAGAUGAUGGCUUGUUGGCUCUGUUAUUAAAGGCCUGUGGUGAGACACUAUGGCUACCAUAACAGGUAUCAGGGAAGAAUGUUUAUCCAGUAUUGGCCAGAAAACAAAACAAGAGCCAGAUAGAAGUCUGGGGACACAGUGUAUUGGUCAAAGCCAUACUCCCACAGACUGGACCUACUUCUUCAAUUACACCUACCUACCAUUCAAGCAUGAAUCAUCAGUGAAUUGGUGACAGCAAAUGGAUUAAUCCACUAAGGAGCUCAGCCCUUACGGUCAGUCUCUUCUGUUACUAUUACCACCAGGUGGGAGCCAAGACUUCAACACACAAGCUCGCUGGGGCCACUUUAUAUCUAAUCCACAACAGAUGUGUUUACAGUUCUAUUUUUAUAUUAACUUCAUCUGACAGCUUGAAAAUAGAAAAUGAUUCACUGGUAAUUUUUUCCCCCCAGACUACAUAUAAAAUAAAACACAGAGCCAAGAUUUUCAUGUAAAAUAUUUUCCUUUAAUUGAAUAAUUUUAUAUCUUAAUUAAUGAAACACAAAUACUGAUUUUUGUUUUGGUCACCUUCACUUUUGGAAAAGCCCAUUUUCUAAACAGAUAAAAUAUUACAUAUGCAGCAACUUUUUGUAAUAAAAACCACCUGUUCGUUACUUCUAAGGCAAUAUCUGCAAUUGUUUUCACCUGACUAGGAUUUGAAAAGUAAACAGUAGAAGAGAAUAAAAAGGAUUCCUUUAGAUCCUAUGGCAUAUGCAAGUCACUGUGAGUUACCAGCAAACACCGAAGUCUUGAGAAUAUUCCUAAUUAAAAAAAUAUUUUUGAUACCUUAA